AUGGCAGGCAUAAGAUCAUGGAGUGUAGCUUCCAUAUCGGAAGAGGAGCAUGCAAUAUAUGGUGCUUCUGACCCUACAGACACACCAACGAUGAUCAUGACUUAUGUGGAGGAGCCUAUGGAGGGCAGUGAUAACACCGAGCCCGACUAUACUCCAACUGAGCACCCGUCCGAGCCCGACUAUACACCAGUGGAGGAUAACUCCAGCCCGGACCCUUCUAAUCCAAUAUAUUUAUUAGACUACACACCGGCUAGACUUAAGCUUCUCACAUUCGAUUAUGAGACAAACGAGGGUGGGGAGGAUAUUUCCACCUCGCUAGAGAUCUCACCACCCUGCCCCACUCCUUCACAUCGAUCUUUCAGAGCUCACACUACUAGUACUCGGGUGAAACAAACCAUGAGAAAGACUAUUGAUAUCCCCUCUCGAAAGAGAGAAAAAUCUCCACCUCCAUCACAACCGCCAGCGAAGAAACUGUAUGGGGACCCCACUUGGAUGCCCAUGAUUAGAUCUUGGAGGCAAUAG